AUGAACCCUCCUUCAGGGCCAAGAGCCCUGCCGGGCCCGGCCCAGGAAUCCAGCUGCAUGGCCACCCCAGCUUCCCCCAGCAGGUGGGACAGCUCCCGGAGCAGCGCCUCCAGCCUGGGCCAGCCUCCGCCCAUCAGCCCCACGGCAGCCAGGGCUCAGGCUGCUGCCUGGGUCCCCUUCCCCACGGUCGAUGUUCCAGGCCAUGCCCACUAUACCCUGGGCACGGUGAUCCUCCUGGUGGGGCUCACGGGGAUGCUGGGAAACCUGACGGUCAUCUAUACCUUCUGCAGGUGCCUGGUUGGUAGGCUUCUGACCCCUCACAGGAGCAGAGGCCUCAGGACACCUGCCAACAUGUUCAUCAUCAACCUCGCGGUCAGCGACUUCCUCAUGUCCUUCACCCAGGCCCCUGUCUUCUUCGCCAGCAGCCUCUAUAAGCAGUGGCUCUUUGGAGAGGCAGGCUGUGAAUUCUAUGCCUUCUGUGGGGCUGUCUUUGGCAUCACCUCCAUGAUUACCCUGACGGCCAUCGCCCUGGACCGCUACCUGGUGAUCACACGCCCACUGGCCACCGUCGGGAUGGUGUCCAAGAGGCGGGCGGCGCUUGUCCUGCUGGGCGUCUGGCUCUAUGCCCUAGCUUGGAGUCUGCCGCCCUUCUUUGGCUGGAGUGCCUAUGUGCCUGAGGGGCUGCUGACCUCUUGCUCCUGGGACUACGUGAGCUUCACGCCAUCGGUCCGCGCCUACACCAUGCUGCUCUUCUGCUUUGUGUUCUUCCUCCCUCUGCUUGUCAUCAUCUACUGCUACAUCUUCAUCUUCAAGGCCAUCCGGGAGACGGGCCAAGCUCUCCAGACUUUCGGAGCCCGCGAGGGUGGUGCUGAGUGCCCCCGGCAACGGCAGCGGCUGCAGAAUGAAUGGAAAAUGGCCAAGAUCGAGCUGCUGGUCAUCCUUCUCUUUGUGCUCUCCUGGGCCCCCUACUCCACUGUGGCCCUCAUGGGCUUUGCUGGGUACGCACAUGUUCUGACACCCUACAUGAACUCGGUGCCAGCUGUCAUCGCCAAGGCCUCUGCCAUCUACAACCCCAUCAUUUAUGCCAUCACCCACCCCAAGUACAGGAUGGCCAUCGCCCAGCACCUGCCCUGCCUGGGGGUGCUGCUGGGUGUGCCGGGCCAGCGCACUGGGCUGUACACCAGUUACCGCUCCACCCACCGCUCCACACUGAGCAGCCAGGCCUCGGACCUCAGCUGGAUCUCUGGACGGAGGCGCCAGGCAUCCCUGGGCUCUGAGAGCGAGGUGGGUUGGACAGACACGGAGGCAACAGCUGCUUGGGGGGCUGUCCAGCAAGCGAGUGGAUGGUCCCCCUGCGGUCAGGGCCUGGAGGACAUGGAAGCCAAGGCCCCUCCCAGGUCCCAGGGACGGCAAGCAGAGGCUUCCGGGAAGACCAAGGGGCUGCUCCCCAGCCUGGACCCCAGGAUGUAG